AUGGAGGCAGCCACACAGCAGCUAAGCAAAAAGGUGCUCAAACUUGAUUUGGGCGCCAAAAAUUUUGAUGAAUAUUCGCUAAAGUCGCCAAAGUCACCCAUUGCGGCACGUUUGCCGCAUCAAACAUCAUUGACGUCAUCUGUGGACGUUGAGGACCGCAAGACAUUACGAGAGGCCUUAUAUCAGGGUAUAUUCCAUCGACAUCGCCGCACCAUAUUCGCGGUGGGCAGUUUUCUGCGUAUGCUACGCAGCCGCAACUCCCAGUACAACACCAUUCGAAGCUCGUCGGAGGGCGAGGAUAUCGAUGAGGUUAGAUAA